AUGAAACAAGGCACUAGUGCCGUCGGAGCAGAAAUCCAAAAUUCCUUAGCGUCUUCGACUCUCGUGAUGGACGUUUUGGCUCAAGUUGAGAAGGGGGAAGGGGAGGGGGAAUAUUGGGAUGCUUCUGUAUCCACGGGUGUCGACUAUUGCAAUCCUUAUGUCAUGCCUGGUGCUCCACUUGGAGAUUUCCAAUGGGAUGCCCUCGACCGCAUAGUCAUAACAUGGCCAGACCCGGUUACGGAGGUCGAUCUUCGGGGAAAGCACCCCCCGCAGGACGAGAGCGCGGUCGACCCCACGACAAGGUUCAACACGAUGGUGAAAGUCCAUGCGGAUCGUGCUGGUCUCUCGAAAUACGGUCCUUCUCAGAGCAACCCGGGCGUGGUCUGUCCACCUUGCUAUGUGUCUCUGGUCACAAUCGAGAAUGGACCCCCAUCAGCCAGUGCGAGCGGAAUGUCUCCGUUUUGGGAAAUGAAAAUGCAGGGUCACGACGAGUCUCAAAAGGGCUCAACCGCUGGACGAACGCAACACAAGACUCACGUCUACGAAGGGAGUCCGGUUUCUGUCGCUUCCAGGCCCCGAACCGUCAAACAUCGCCAAUGGGGAACCCCCACCGGUUCAGACGAUGCACAGCUCAGGCACUCGGUAGAUCUGGUAGAUCACUUAGAUCCGGUAGAUCUGGAUGCAGCUCUCCCGCGGCUGCAGAACGGACUACUAAGGCAUAUUCAAGAAAACAAUCAAGGACAGCAGAAAUAUGAUCGCUAA